UUUUUACGGAGGAGAUGAAGGGCUGGGAGAACAGGGAGAAGAGCAGUCCCUACUCCUCCUCCACCUCCGUCUCUUCCACCUCCGUGUCCUCCUCCACUCAGGCUGUGUGUGUCGGAGAGGAAUUUCCAGUGGACUGUGUGGGCGAUAUGGAAAUACAGAUCGACAACCACCACCACCACCAAUCCACCGCAACCACCUCCACCAUAUCUUCUACCACCACCUCCUUUCCCUCGUCCACCUACGCCUCCACAAGGGACAUGGGCGCCUCUCCACCCUCCAGCAAGCCGCUCAGGACCUGCCGAGUGUGUGGGGACAAGGCCAAGAGCAUGCACUUCGGAGGCCUCUCCUGCGACUCCUGCAAGGCCUUCUUCAGGAGAGCCGUGCACAACGACACCUUCGCCAACUUCACCUGCCCCUACGACGGCACCUGCCUCAUUAACAUCACCUCCAGGAAGUGUUGCCAGUACUGCAGGUACCAGAAGUGCAUGAAGAUAGGCAUGGAGCGUUCGUGGGUAAUGUCGGAGGAGGAUCGCCAGCAGCUGAUGAGGCAGAAGGCGGAGAGGAAGGCCAGGGCAGCACAGGAAUCCGGCAGGAGGACGCUGAAGGGCGGCAGGAGGGAACUGGUGCCCUUUGAACCUGACCCCAGUGACAUGUUAACGCAUAUGACCCCUGCGGAGUGGAAGGAGCUGGAGGAGGCCGUAAGGAACUACCGCCUCGCUUACGCCGCAGUGCCCUACAGCGGGUGCGGCGGCGGCGGGUGGGAGGGCGAGGCAGCGGGUCUGAGGGUCGUGGACAUGUUCUCGACCGUGGUGCGCCGCUUUGCUUACUUCGCGCGGCUCUUCCCGGGGUUUUGCGAGCUGCCGGAGGAGGACCAGAGUCGACUCCUCCGCUAUGGCAUCCUGGAAAUGUCCUUGAUUCGUGGAGUCCAGAGCAUCAACACCAAUUCUCCGUGGCCCUCAACACCACCUCAACACCAAUCCCCACCACCAGGGAAGAAGGAGGAGGAGAAGAAUUUAGUGUCUAACGAACUUUAUGAGAUGCAUAUGAAGUUUAUAAAUAGUAUGCGGGAGCUUGGUGUUGACGAGGCGGUGUUGCUGCUUCUCCUGCUGGUGGUUCUCUUCAGCAGCGACAGGCCAAGGUUGCAGGCCGCCACCACCACCGCCGUACAGGCCCACCAAGACCACUACUUACUGUUGCUCAGGAAGUACCUCGGGUGGCGCCACGGCCCCCACAACGCCCCUAUUCUGUACCCUCGGCUCCUCCUCAAGCUGACGGACCUUCGGGAGCUGAAUGACCAACACACAGAGUACCACUUGAGGCUGGCACGGCAGGAGAUCGCGGAAAUCCAGACACAACUUGGCUGCCUAAAUCUCAACCUAGAGUGGCCGUGCUUCAUGACCUCACCCCAGACUCCCCCAGAACACUUACCAGGGGACGGGGGGAAGGUUGGGGGGUCCAUACCUAUAAACAUGACCCCCCAGUCCCAGUCCGCCCCAAGUACGCCUUCCAUCACCUCCACUACGGUCAUCAAAGGAGAGGAUACAGCAAGUUCAUUUUCAUCAAUUCUCGCCACAUUGGACUUGGAGCACCUUGUCAACAGUCCAGUCAUUCAGCGUCUCAUCCUGCACCAGUUCCAGAGGUCUGUCGUGAAUGUGCUGGGUCUGACUGGGCUGUUUCCUGAGACCAAACCAACCCCAAGUCUCAAUCAGCCCUCGACAGUCCCAACCUCGCCUCACAGCCUGUCAGACCCACCAGUAUCAGUCUUCUUGCCUACCCAGUUUCAGAGGUCUUUUGUGAAUGUUCUGGGUCUGGCUGGGCUGUUUCCUGAGACCAAGCCAACCCCAAGCCUCGAUCAGCCCCUUCCAGUCCCAACCUCGCCUCACAGCCUGUCAGACCCACCAGUAUCAGUCUCCUUGCCUACCCAGUUUCAGAGGUCUGUCGUGAAUGUGCUUGGUCUGAGUGGGCUGUUUCCUGAGACCAAACCACCUCCCACAGCCCUUACCUCGCCUCACAGCCUGUCAGACCCGCCAGUAUCAGCCCCCUUGCCUACCCAGACCUCACAUGCUCCUCAGAGGUCAUUGGAGAAGGGCCUGUCAGCCUCUCUUUCAGCCCCUCACUUUCAGGGCUGCCAGGUGUCUGAUCUUAUGGUACAUCUUGAUAACCUGACCUCCAACUCUGAAGCCUGUCAAAACAACACACCACAGCAGGACCAGGAGUCACAGCAAGCCUUCCGUCAACUUGAACAGCAGCUAAUGAAUGGGAUAAUAGGCCCUAGUGAAGGUGGUAUGCAUAAGGGACCACAGCAAGAACAGCAGCAACACAGCGACCUCUACAACCAAGUAACAGCUGGAGACAUGAAGGAAAGGAAUGGCACUCUAGCGGAAGGUGUUUUUAUACCCAAGCAAGAACCGGUGACCUCCCCCAUGCUGUCUAUGCCCUCACAAGCCAACUAUGACCACCCACUGAUGUAUGAUGACCUGCCACACCCUCCACGUCAGCUACACCACCACCAGGAUGCUAUGGAGUCCACCCAAGUCUUCGGAAGUGCUUUAGAUCUCCCGGAACUUGAGAAAUUCCAAGAAAUUCUGGAUCGUAAGAAGACUCCAAGUUUUGAUUCGCCUUCGCAGUCAGAGCUCUUUGUGAUGUCAGGUCGGUUAAUGUCUCACCACCACCACCACCACCACCAGACACCACCAUCAUCACCACCACGGAUGCACCUUUCUCAACCACCACUAACACCACCUCAACUCCAGCUUCUCCACCACCAGUUACCAUCUUCAUCACCACCACAGAUUCAUUCUCAACCACCACCACCACCAACACCACAAUUUCAGCCUCACCACCACCCCUAUCACCACCAGUCACCACCACUAACACCACCCCACCCCCAGCACUCAUCACCACUUCUUCAUCACCCACCACCAGAGCAAAUGCAGUUUUCAUCACCACAAGAAAUGAUGUCACAGCCUCACCACAUGUCAACACCACCACCACAACCACCACCACCACACCACCACUAUAAUCACCCACCAUUCACCUCCAAUCAAGGGUUCGUUAGCUAUGUGGAAGGUGGAGUAGGAGGGGGAGAAUCAUCACCACCACCACCUCUACCACCUCCACCACCGCCAGGACAACACCAAUUCAUCACCACGGAAAAUUUUGGAGGUUUCUGUAGGGAGUCCCAGCAUAGAUCAACACCUCCAGAUAACACCGCUUUCAUCACCACCACCACUCAGUCACCACCACCGCAGGAGUUUCAGAGCCAUCAUCACCAUCUUCAUCACCACCACCACCACCUCCAGCAUCACCACCAAAAAGUUGCGUCGUUUUCUUGAUUUUAAAAUACUCAGUUAUACGUUUGUUUUUCAUUUCUCUUUCUUGUACUUAUCUGUCUAUCUAUCUAUCUAUCUAUUUCUUUAUCUCAAUUUUGUGUGUCUUCAUUUUCUUAUAUGUCUGUCUACCAAAGUCUAAAGAAUGAAAGAAGGAAGGAAGGAAAGAAGGAAAGAAAGA